CAGGAUGGUACAGGUCUGCAGAGGGACCCGGGCACGCUGGCUGGGCUCAGCCCGGCACCAGCUGCCGCACCGAGAUUACGGGGCUGCCCGCCUGGAAACCGUGCUGGAUUUGUGGUGAUUUUCGUAGCCAAGAGCCACAGCCCCUGACCAUGUAGAUGCCAGCUCCAGGGAGCAGCAUGGGCCCCACUGAAUGGAGACUCCUGGGUCUACAGCCCUGAGCCCCUCCGGCCCCUGGACGUUGCCCCGUGCCCAGGGACAUCCCUUGGAGCUCACCACCACAGUCGCCAGCCCACCUCGGCCGCCCCCUCCCCCUGGGACCCAAAGUCGGCCACCAGGAGCCACAGUCAUCCAGUGAGGUUGUGCUAAGGACAGCCACACGGAGCCAUCGCCCAGCAUCCUCUUGUCCAGUGCUGACUCUCGGGCCCACCCCGAGCAGGGACUGGAGCAAACAUGGGUGACAUGACCAACAGCGAUUUUUACUCCAAAAACCAAAGAAAUGAGUCGAGCCAUGGGGGCGAGUUCGGGUGCACAAUGGAGGAGCUCCGCUCCCUCAUGGAGCUACGGGGCACCGAGGCUGUGGUCAAGAUCAAGGAGACUUAUGGGGACACUGAAGCCAUCUGCCGGCGCCUCAAAACGUCACCUGUCGAAGGUUUGCCGGGCACCGCUCCAGAUCUGGAAAAGAGAAAGCAGAUUUUUGGGCAAAACUUUAUACCUCCAAAGAAGCCAAAAACCUUCCUGCAGCUGGUGUGGGAGGCACUACAAGAUGUGACGCUGAUCAUUCUGGAAAUCGCAGCCAUCAUCUCCCUGGGGCUGUCCUUUUACCACCCACCUGGCGAGAGCAAUGAAGGAUGUGCGACGGCCCAGGGCGGGGCAGAGGAUGAAGGGGAGGCAGAGGCCGGCUGGAUCGAGGGGGCAGCCAUCCUCCUCUCGGUCAUCUGUGUGGUCCUGGUCACGGCCUUCAAUGACUGGAGCAAAGAGAAGCAGUUCCGGGGCCUGCAGAGCCGCAUUGAACAGGAGCAGAAGUUCACCGUGGUUCGGGCUGGCCAGGUGGUCCAGAUCCCUGUGGCCGAGAUUGUUGUUGGGGACAUCGCCCAGGUCAAAUAUGGUGACCUCCUCCCUGCCGACGGCCUCUUCAUCCAGGGCAAUGACCUCAAGAUUGAUGAAAGCUCCCUGACAGGGGAGUCUGACCAGGUGCGCAAGUCUGUGGACAAGGACCCCAUGCUGCUGUCAGGGACCCACGUGAUGGAGGGCUCUGGACGGAUGGUAGUGACUGCCGUGGGUGUGAAUUCUCAGACUGGCAUCAUCUUCACCCUGCUGGGGGCUGGUGGUGAGGAGGAAGAGAAGAAAGACAAGAAAGGUGUGAAGAAGGGGGAUGGCCUUCAGCUACCAGCGGCCGAUGAUGCAGCAGGUUCAAAUGCUGCAGAUAGUGCAAAUACCAGCCUAGUCAAUGGUAAAAUGCAGGAUGGCAAUGUGGACGCCAGCCAGAGCAAAGCCAAACAGCAGGACGGGGCAGCCGCCAUGGAGAUGCAGCCCCUCAAGAGUGCCGAGGGUGGAGACGCAGAUGACAAAAAAAAGGCCAACAUGCACAAGAAGGAGAAAUCCGUACUGCAGGGCAAGCUCACCAAGCUGGCUGUGCAGAUCGGCAAGGCGGGUCUGGUGAUGUCGGCCAUCACGGUCAUCAUCCUGGUGCUCUACUUCACCGUGGACACCUUCGUGGUCAACAAGAAGCCGUGGCUACCCGAGUGCACGCCCGUCUACGUGCAGUACUUUGUCAAGUUCUUCAUCAUCGGCGUGACGGUGCUGGUGGUCGCCGUGCCGGAGGGGCUCCCUCUGGCCGUCACCAUCUCGCUGGCCUACUCUGUGAAGAAAAUGAUGAAAGACAACAACCUGGUGCGCCACCUGGAUGCCUGCGAGACCAUGGGCAAUGCCACCGCCAUCUGCUCAGACAAGACAGGCACGCUGACCACCAAUCGCAUGACAGUUGUUCAGGCCUACGUCGGCGAUGUCCACUACAAGGAGAUCCCUGACCCGAACUCCAUCAACGCCAAGACCAUGGAGCUGCUCGUCAAUGCCAUUGCCAUCAACAGCGCCUACACCACCAAGAUUCUGCCCCCAGAGAAGGAGGGUGCCCUGCCUCGGCAGGUGGGUAACAAGACGGAGUGCGGCCUGCUGGGCUUCGUGCUGGACCUGAAGCAGGACUACGAGCCCGUGCGCAGCCAGAUGCCGGAGGAGAAGCUGUACAAGGUGUACACCUUCAACUCCGUGCGCAAGUCCAUGAGUACGGUCACCAAGCUGCCCGACGAGAGCUUCCGCAUGUACAGCAAGGGCGCCUCCGAGAUCGUGCUCAAGAAGUGCUGCAAAAUCCUCAACGGGGCAGGGGAGCCCCGGGUCUUCCGGCCCCGAGACCGGGACGAGAUGGUGAAGAAGGUGAUCGAGCCCAUGGCCUGCGAUGGGCUCCGCACCAUCUGUGUAGCCUACCGCGACUUCCCCAGCAGCCCUGAGCCGGACUGGGACAAUGAGAAUGACAUCCUCAAUGACCUAACCUGCAUCUGCGUGGUGGGCAUCGAGGACCCCGUGCGGCCCGAGGUCCCAGAAGCCAUCCGCAAGUGCCAGCGGGCAGGCAUCACCGUCCGCAUGGUCACUGGUGACAAUAUCAACACAGCCCGGGCCAUCGCCAUCAAGUGUGGCAUCAUCCAUCCUGGGGAGGACUUUCUGUGCCUGGAGGGCAAGGAGUUCAACCGGAGGAUCCGCAACGAGAAGGGGGAGAUUGAACAGGAGCGAAUUGACAAGAUCUGGCCAAAGCUCCGGGUGCUGGCUCGCUCCUCCCCCACGGAUAAGCAUACCCUCGUCAAAGGCAUCAUCGACAGCACACACACAGAGCAGAGGCAGGUGGUGGCCGUGACCGGGGAUGGCACCAACGACGGGCCUGCACUCAAGAAGGCUGAUGUGGGCUUCGCCAUGGGCAUCGCAGGCACAGACGUGGCCAAGGAGGCCUCAGACAUCAUCCUAACGGAUGACAACUUCAGCAGUAUCGUCAAGGCAGUGAUGUGGGGCCGCAACGUCUAUGACAGCAUCUCCAAAUUCCUGCAGUUCCAGCUGACGGUCAACGUGGUGGCUGUGAUCGUGGCCUUCACGGGCGCCUGCAUCACGCAGGACUCCCCUCUGAAGGCCGUGCAGAUGCUCUGGGUAAACCUCAUCAUGGACACAUUCGCCUCGCUGGCGCUGGCCACCGAGCCGCCCACCGAGACCCUGCUUCUGAGGAAGCCCUAUGGCCGCAACAAGCCCCUCAUCUCACGGACCAUGAUGAAGAACAUCCUGGGCCACGCCGUCUACCAGCUCACCCUCAUCUUCACUCUGCUCUUUGUGGGCGAGAAGAUGUUCCAGAUCGACAGCGGGAGGAACGCGCCCCUGCACUCGCCACCCUCGGAGCAUUACACCAUCAUCUUCAACACCUUCGUCAUGAUGCAGCUCUUCAACGAGAUCAACGCCCGCAAGAUCCACGGCGAGCGCAAUGUCUUUGAUGGCAUCUUCCGGAACCCUAUUUUCUGCACCAUUGUGCUGGGCACCUUUGCCAUCCAGAUAGUGAUCGUGCAGUUUGGGGGGAAGCCAUUCAGCUGCUCUCCGCUGCAGCUGGACCAGUGGAUGUGGUGCAUAUUCAUCGGGUUAGGAGAGCUCGUCUGGGGCCAGGUCAUCGCUACCAUCCCGACCAGCAGGCUCAAGUUCCUCAAGGAGGCGGGCAGGCUCACACAGAAGGAGGAGAUCCCAGAGGAGGAGCUCAAUGAGGACGUGGAAGAGAUAGACCACGCCGAGAGGGAGCUGCGGCGAGGCCAGAUCCUGUGGUUCCGAGGCCUGAAUCGGAUCCAGACCCAGAUUGAAGUAGUCAAUACUUUCAAGAGCGGGGCCUCCUUUCAGGGGGCCCUGCGGAGACAGUCCUCCGUCACCAGCCAGAGCCAGGACGUAGCCAAUCUCUCUAGCCCUAGUCGCGUGUCGUUGUCCAAUGCUCUUUCCUCUCCGACCAGCCUUCCUCCUGCUGCAGCUGGGCAGGGCUAGAGAACCCUGGAGACAGAGUUCAGCAAGAGAGAGUGAAAUUAAAAGAGGUU